ACACACACACACAUGUACGUGUAUAUCUAUAUAUCAGUUCUCCUAACUGCAUCACAUUCACAUCCCUUUCUCUGCUAAACCCAGCAUCACAAGAAAUUGACAACUGGGUUUGAAUGUUUCCUAGGAGAAAAUAACCCAAGAAGAAACUCAUGAUUUAAAAAGAAAAAGAAAUCAAAAGAAGUCAUCUUCUUGAAGAAGUCAGAAAUAGGAGACUUCCCUACUUCGACAUUUAAAAAUAGAGAAUAGAAUAAAAACUAUUGUCAUUUGACUUUAAAUCAUUGAGGAAAACUGCUAACCAAAGAGCCUCUGGGUUAUAUUUAUUUUCUUUUUAUAGUGAGAAAAUUUUUAUCAUGGUGAGUAGUGAUUUUAUUGUACUGGUGAGAACAAAUAAAUUAUUUUUCUGUGUAUAAAUUUUUAUACUCAAGGCUGUUGCCAAUUGGGGAAGAGUUGGUGUAGAGUCCUAUUUUUGUAUUGGAGCACUGUAUGUGUUUGAUAGAAGUCAAUGACAAAGUAAUUGUCAGUAAGAAACUUUCUUCUGUUGAAAAUUUCAGCUAAUGAAUAUUGGAAAGUGAAAUAAAGGGUUUUUUUAGAUUUGAAGUUUGAAUUUCAUAGUUCUUUGGUAAUGGGUUCAAGAAUUCAGGUGUUUAUGAUGGUUAUUUCCAUCCAAAUGUUGGUUAUAGCAGCGCAGCAGAGGAAAAAUCAAGAUUAUGUUGCAUUAAAGGCUCUCAUGGACAACUUGAACAACUUACCACCCAGUUGGGCAGGCUUAGAUCCAUGUGGUGAAAGUUGGGAAGGCAUUAUGUGCACCAAUUCACGCGUGACUUCGAUAAAAUUAGCAAGCAUGAAUUUGACUGGACAGCUGUCUGGAGACCUCCAAUACUUAUAUGAAUUACAGAUUCUGGACCUUUCAUACAACAAGGGUCUGACAGGACCUCUUCCUCCACCAAUUGGAAAUAUGAAGAAGUUAUCCAGCUUAAUCUUAGUUGGUUGCAGUUUCAGCGGUUUGAUUCCAGACACAAUAGGAUCUCUGCAGCAGCUGGUUUAUCUGUCUCUAAAUUCCAACAGCUUCACUGGACCAAUACCACCUUCCCUUGGAAACUUAUCAAAUCUUUAUUGGUUGGAUCUAGCUGAUAACAAGCUUACCGGAACCAUCCCAGUCUCUAAUGGGACCACACCUGGUCUAGAUAUGCUUGUUCAUACGAAGCACUUUCAUUUUGGGAGCAAUCAGCUUAACGGUGAAAUCCCAUCCAAGCUUUUUAGCUCAAGCAUGGUUCUAAUUCAUUUGCUUCUUGAGAACAACCAGCUCAUCGGCAAAAUCCCUGCUAAUUUGGGACUUGUGCAGACUCUGGAGGUGGUACGCCUUGAUAGAAACUCAUUAAGUGGAUCCGUUCCAUCAAACCUCAACAACCUCUCGCAUGUCAAUGAGCUGUUCUUGUCCAAUAAUAAAUUGACUGGUCCUAUUCCCAAUCUUACUGGCAUGAAUUUCCUCAACUAUGUGGACAUGAGCAAUAAUACUUUUGACAUAUCGGAUGUUCCUCGAUGGUUUUCAACCAUACUGUCUUUGACAACACUAAAGAUGGAACAAACAAGACUUCAAGGAGAACUUCCAGUUGCCCUUUUUAGCCUUCCUCAACUGCAGACAGUCAUACUGAGGAACAAUGAGAUAAAUGGCACUUUGGAUAUUGGCUCCACCUACAGCAACCAACUUCAACUCGUAGAUUUGCAAAACAAUUUCAUUUCUGGCUUCACACAAAGAGCGGGAUACAACAUUGAGUUAAUACUUGUAAACAACCCAAUUUGUCAGGAAACAGGAACUACAGAAGGAUACUGCACCAUUAAACAGUCCAAUUCCUCAUAUUCAACACUGGCAAAUAACUGUUUGCCUGGACAAUGCAGUUCAGAUCAAAUUUCCAGUCCCAACUGUAAAUGUGCAUAUCCAUACACAGGCACUCUAUUCUUCAGAUCUCCUUCAUUCUCUGACCUGAGAAACACUAGUAUCUAUACCAUUCUCCAAAACUCUCUAAUGCAUUCUUUUCAGUCAAGUCUACUCCCAGUGGAUUCGGUUUCUCUGAGCAAUCCAAGUAAAAAUUUGGUUGAUUACCUUGUAUUGAGCCUGGAGGUUUUUCCAUCUGGUCAAGACCGUUUCAGUCGGACAGAAAUUAGUGGAAUCGGGUUUGUGCUGAGCAACCAAACUUUCAAACCCCCACCCAUGUUUGGACCCUUCUUCUUCAUUGGUGACCCAUAUGGCUAUUUUGCAGGAGUAACAUCUUCCGGAACGAAAAAGUCAUCUCAUACUGGCAUUAUCAUCGGAGCAGCAGCCGGGGCUUCUGUCCUUGUGCUAUUAUUACUCCUUGCAGGGUUUUAUGCUCUCCAUCAAAAGAAAAGAGCCGAAAGAGCUACCAAACAAAACAAUCCUUUUGGAUCCUGGGAUCCAAACAAAAGCAGUGGUAGCAUUCCUCAGUUAAAAGGAGCAAGAUGUUUUUCAUUUGAAGAACUUAAGAAAUGCACAAACAAUUUUUCUGAUGCCAACGGCAUCGGAUCUGGUGGUUAUGGGAAGGUAUACAGAGGAACUCUUCCCACUGGGCAGCUGGUUGCCAUCAAAAGAGCUCAGCAAGGAUCAAAGCAGGGUGGUCUUGAGUUCAAAACUGAGAUUGAGCUUCUAUCUAGGGUUCAUCACAAGAAUGUUGUCAGCCUUGUGGGUUUCUGUUUCGAGCAAGGUGAACAAAUGCUGGUCUAUGAGUUUAUUCCAAAUGGCACACUCAGAGAAAGUGUUUCAGGGAAGUCGGGAAUUAGAUUGGAUUGGGCGCGGAGACUCCGAGUAGCCCUUGGAGCUGCAAAAGGUUUGCAAUAUCUGCAUGUUCUUGCUAACCCUCCGAUUAUACACAGAGACAUCAAAUCAAACAAUAUCUUACUAGAUGAGCGCUUAAAUGCAAAAGUUGCCGAUUUUGGUCUCUCCAAGCUUAUGGGUGACGCUGAAAAGGGUCAUGUCACCACUCAAGUCAAAGGGACAAUGGGCUACUUGGAUCCUGAAUAUUACAUGACCCAGCAGUUGACUGAGAAGAGUGAUGUUUAUAGUUUUGGGGUGCUACUGCUUGAGCUGAUAACUGCAAGAAGUCCCAUCGAGAAAGGAAAAUAUAUUGUAAGAGAGGUGAAGCGAGCAAUGGAUAAGACAAAAGAUCUGUAUAACCUUCACGGGAUUCUUGAUCCGGCCAUUGUUUUGGGCACCUCACUUAAAGGUUUAGAGAAUUUCGCGGAUUUGGCAAUGAGUUGUGUUGAAGAAUCAGGAACUGACAGGCCUACAAUGAGCGAGGUGGUGAAAGAGAUUGAGAACAUCAUGCAAUUGGCUGGUUUGAAUCCCAAUGCUGAAUCAGCAUCCACUUCAGCGAGUUAUGAGGGCGCGAGUAGGGGAUACGAGCAUCCUUACAGUAAUGAGAGCCUAUUUGCCUACAGUGGGGGUUUUGUUCCUUCAAGGUUAGAACCCCAGUAAGUAUCUCUGUACAUUUUGAAUGCUGAAACUGGUUGGUGUUUUAUGCAACAUUGAAGAUCCAAAACAGUGACUGAAGCAUACCUCGGUCCUCCAUCUCCAUUCACCACUUCCAGGACAGCAAUAGCUUGUGAAUAACAAAAAUGAGUGUGCUGUAAGUCUUAUAUAAUUUAUAUAAAAGAACCAGAAAAGGUACAAUGAAAAAUAUAUUUGUUGUACUUAUCAAAAAUAUAUAUAUAUUUGUUGUAGUAAUUAUAAUUCAAUUGAUUUGCUGUAAAUUUUUCAUGGAAUGCAUUAUUGGGGUUAUUAUUAAUAUUUUUGUAAGGAAAUUUUUUUUGGGUUGUUAUGCUUGGUGGUGGUUUUGUUGGUGUUGGUGCCUGUAUGUGUGGUACCUUUGCAUUUGCAUUGAUGCUAAUGGAGGGAGGAAGGAAGACUCAUCUGAAGUGUGGUCAUGUGGAUUGUUGCAGUGUCUAUU